AUGGACAGUGACAAAACAUCCUCCGACAACGAAGAAUCCGCCCUUAUUCAAGGUGUCGAAGACGGCGAGUUCACAACUUAUAUUUCGACCCGGGACGUGAUCACAGUGCCAACGUCGGUGUACAGCGUGACUCCGCUGACAACAGCUGAUGUUCCGUUGGAUCACGCCGCCGUCGCGGGCGACCAGGGCCAGGAAAUGACCGUCAAGCACGAGCUCAACCCCCAAGAAUAUGUCAGCAAUGUGUAUGUUAAAGAUGAGCGCGAUUACGACGAUUUAGAGGAAAAAUGUCAAGCAGCCAUUCCGAUAAAAAUUCUUUACACGAUGCCUUCGACCAGCAGUUCUCUCAAUGCUCUUCGCGAGCCAUCGCCUUCCAGUCAUCACGUGAUCGAGACUGUUCCCAUCGACAAUGAAGGAGAUGACGCAGACAAAGACGUAGACAAGGAUGGCGACAGCGACAAGCCAAAGAAACAGCGACGUCAGCGAACCCACUUCACUUCUCAACAACUCCAGGAACUCGAAAGUCUAUUCGCGAGAAAUCGAUAUCCAGACAUGAGCACUCGGGAAGAAAUUGCUAUGUGGACGAACCUGACUGAAGCCCGCGUUCGAGUUUGGUUCAAGAACAGACGAGCCAAGUGGCGAAAGCGAGAGCGAAACCAGAUGAACGACAUGCAGCGAUUUCCCGGCUUCCCAGGCAUGACUACUUACGAACCCUCCCUCUACGGCAGCGUCGGCGACUACUCGAAAACCGGCUACGCCUGGCCCGGCAUGUCUCCCAGCAGCCUCAGUGGAAGCUUGAAAACGUCGCUGACACCUGGCGUUUCCUUUCCCUGGCCCUCCAUCCCAAACCCACUUGCUCAGAGCCCGACUCAGCUUUUCCAGCACAACAUGGCCGUCACCUCCCAAGCAGCUGGCCUGACGAAUCCUUCAAUGUCGCUCAACUCGCUCGGAUCAGCUGUUUCGAACGGCUACUCGACCUCCUCCCCGACAGGACUCGCCGCAAGUCCCUACGCCGCACUCGGAUAUAGAAAUGGACCGAGCCUGUCACCGAGCGAGCAUCUGCUGGGUCAAUCGCUGCGCAAAUCGCCUAGUUCACUUUCUAACACGUCGUCACCGUCCGCGACGCUGGUGCCGUCCGCGACCUCGUCAGCGUCCGCGUCGGCGCCGGUCGGUGGUGCCGCUGGAGCCCUGCCAGCCAGCGCGGCCACCCCACCUCACUACCCUUCUCUAGCCACCCCUUACUCAGCUGCUUCGACCCUCAGCGCCAGCCCGACGCUGGGACAGUACAACUUGAACGGUGCAGCAGCCAACGGAACAAGAUAG